GGGGGGUAAAAAAACUGGAGGAAUGUAAGAUAUUAUUUUACAGGUUGGUUCUGUGAUGUAAUAUUCGACAAGAAGAUAAUAGCGUGAACGUUGACUGAAUUGGAGAAGAUUAUCCCAUCUCAUCAUUAAUCUGGAACAGACGAGGAGUGGAUGUUUUACAGAGAAAAGUGGCUCACUGGGGACAAAUAUCAGUGGAGUUGGAAGCCUCUGAGAGACACAGCAGAUGAAUGAGUAAAUGGUUUCAAUAGUAGACUCACCAAGAGACCACAGGUGAUGAAGAGGCUAGGGGAUGGUAUGCUGUUGGAUUCAUGCUGCAGGUGACCCUGGUAGACAAGUUGUGUGGUACUACUGCCCUGUCCACAGGCUCAAAAGGAUUGCUCAUCAACAAUUGAGGCACCACAUUUGCUGUGAUUUAUAAUGAAUAAGGAUAAUGUCAUUCACAGCUGGCCAGCUUCUUAUUAUAUGAAGAAUGAGAAGCGAUGGACUUCGGGUGUUUUGUCCUUGACUUUGAAAUCAUUGAUGUUCCAAACAAGCAAAGAUGGGCAAAAUCUGUUCACAAUCAGGCUUUCCAACAUCAUUGACCUAAAGAAGGAAUCUUCCAGCUUUAUUUUUAGCUCUCUUACUGUUCUGGAUGAAGGAAACAUCAAGCAUUGGUUUAGUUCCUUACAGCCAAGUAGAUGUGUGGUGUUCAAUGUAAUUGAGCACUUUUGGAGAGAGCAGCUACUUCCACCUGAAGGUGAAUCAACAGCUUCUGUGCCUGGGCCAAGCAAAGGGAAGCAAUUGAUUGGUCUUAUGUGUAACUCUCAGAAAAGAUUGGAAGACACUGGCAAAAUACUGGACCAACAGAAGGAACAGUUUAAUAACAUCAUGGUGGGAUUAGACAAAAUCGAGUCUGAUUUACAUGUAGCAGACAGAUUUCUGUCAGAGUUGGAGACUCCUGCCUGGUGGCCUUUUGGUAAAUUUCCUUGGAGAAAUCAGAAGAAUGCUAAAGCCCAACAAGAACCAGCUGCUACAUCUACUACUUGCAUUACAGAAAAGGCUUUAGGAAACCAAAACAUUAUUAUUAAAAUCCCAAUUUUAUACUCAAAAGGUGAAGAUUCUAAUCCUAAACCAGGAAGUCUAGUAGUUCUUCUGUCAUAUUUGGAGAUAACUGACUCCAGCUUUCAGCUUGUACACCAAUAUCGAAGAGAGGAAAUAGAUGAUAUUCGGAUUUAUAGCCCCUAUGAACUUUCUCUCAGGCAGAGAUUCAUUGGAAAGCCAGAUAUCACAUACAGACUGCUGUCUGCAAAGAUGCCAGAAGCAUUUUCUGUUCUUGAGAUGCAAUAUAAAAAAAAACUACAGUUUAUGCCCGAUUAUUUUACUUUUACAAUUCCACUAGAGAAUUCGCCAUAUGGUAAAGAAGACAAAGUUUGGUGUUCAGAGUCUGGAUGUAUUGACCACAUUAGACAGACAGAGCCCCUGCCAGAAGAAGAGAACCAGGAGCAGAUACAAGCACAAGAAAUUCUUGUUACUGAUUCUGAAGCCCAGGAGCUGAAACAAGUACUAAUGAAAUUAAAAAACCUUGCCUUGGAAGCAAAGACAGAGCUGGAGUGCCAGGAUGAAACUUUGGAUGCCAUUACGUCUGCCACAGAGAGGGCAACCACACACAUUGAGAAACAUAACCGGCGUAUGAAGAAACUGAUGUAGACUUGUACACCAAAAUCAGUACCGUCUGUGUUUGGGGAAGAAUCUUUUAACAUUAUAAUUAAUUACCUGUCUUACUUUUCUGUCAUUUAAGUUAAAAUAUUAUUUGCAUGUGCCUUAUAGUGAAUGUCAGUAUACAUAAUUCUCAUAUAUGAAUGAUUUUUGCCAGCAAAAAUAUAUCUUUCAGUGUUGAAAUUAUAUUAUUUCAGAUUAUAUAUGUAUGCAAAAAGUAAGAUGAUUCUGCAGAAAAUAUUAAUAGAAUAGAAAUUUUUACAGGAAGGAAAAAAACAGCUGAUAAAUAGUGUGUAGAUUAUUAAACACUGACAGUUUAGGAAUCGUUUUUAAUGUAAAGGUGCAAUUUGUUUACUUUGUUACAUUGCAAACCAUUAAAGAUUAUUUAUUUAUUUA